CAUCCACGACGGACGGGAACCAUUCUUGACAAGCACACACACCCAUGCUGCCGGACCCCUCUCAGCGACUAUCAAACCCGGGCGAGGACCAGAUCACCACCGACCGCCGCACCGCGCCUGGUCCUCAGCACGCCGUCAUGGGCCGUUUCUCGCCACUUCAAUCCUCCAGACCGGCUACCGUGUCGUAAUGAGCGGCACCCCCAAAAGGAAGCGCGGCCCGGACGUCGGCCCUGGUGCCCUUCCCGAGGGGCCCGACGCGGGCCGGCCUGAGCCCCUCCGGCUCGAGAGCGUCGACAAGUAUCCUCGCAAGCGGGUAAUGACUGCCUGCAACCUUUGCAGAUUCAGAAAGACGAAAUGCGAUGCGGUCCGCCCCUCGUGCUCCUUCUGCACCGACUUGGGAGUCGAAUGCCAUUAUCGUGACGCUGGCACUCCGCAGGCAGAAAAGCCAGAGCCGCCACUGAAGCCACGCGAACAGUCCUCCUCCUCCCUCAAGGACACCAUCAAGACUCUCGACUCUCGACUUGGCAUUCUCGAGGCCGACGUCAGGGAGCUACGGGCACAGCAGUAUGCAUCCGCUCACCCACGGACUGAGGCUCCUCCAUCGCUCUUCAACAGCCACACUCCCAAGGUGCCCUCGGACAGGACGCCGUCAGGCGGCCCUACGCCAAAUGUUCCCAGCAUCCGUGAUGCACUAUCCCCAGUUCUGCUUUACCGUGAUGCCAUGAGCAGUGCAGCAGAAUCUCCAAGGGAAGGUGUCCUCUUCAGGAAAACGCGGCCGGAGGUGUACACCGCGCGACCAGGUCUUCUGGCAUUCUGCUGUCCGUCAUACAUCGAUGCUCCUAGCUGGGACGACUACGGCGACUUCUACGGCAACGAGAUCCGCGCCGGCGAGCAGUUCCUCGGCAUGUUUGACGAGUAUCUGUCGUCCAACCUGGACGUGAGCAGGCGGACGCUCCGCAGGCUGCAGCAGAGUUUUGUCGACCACUACCUUGGCUGGAUCCCGAUCCUCGAGCCAGAAACCGUCAGCUGCGUCGUCGAUACCGCGUGCUCGUUGGGUUCUCCCUCGCGGGACAUCAAUGGCUGUUUGGCAAUGUUUAUUCUCGCGGUGGGCGCCAUCACGCAGGAGACGCCUGGCAAUGACAAUGAUGAUGGCGGCGCUGCCAAGCUCGCGGGGGUCGCGUACUUUGUCAACGGAUGCCAGUCGCUGGAGCGGUUCUCGUUGCUCAUUGAGAGUCUCGAGAUCAUCCAAUGCCGCAUCCUGCAGGCAGCGUACUUCAAGCUUGCCAUGCGGCCGAUACAAGCAUGGAACACCAUCACCGGGGCGGGCAGAGACUGCAGGCAUGUCCUGAGCUCUACGACCUCGCAGAGCCUGCCGCCCGGGCUGAAGGACGGCUGGAAUCGCGCGUUCUGGGCUUGUUCACUGAUUAUCGAAAUCAAAAGCGAGCUCGAGCAGUCUCUCCGCAUGCACCCAGAAGGCCACCGCGCCUUCCACGACAUCAUCCCACUCCCGACCUUCACCGACGAGCACAUCGGGUUCUACUUCUUCCUCGCCAUGAUCAGCCUGCGCAAGCUGCUCCAGGACGUGCUCGACGUCGUGGGCUACCGGCAGGGCACCGUCGUAUACGCGCCCGUCGUGACGGCCGAGCUGCGCCGCCAGACCCAGGCGUGGUACGACCGGCUCCCGCCCGCGCUGCGGUUCUCGCUCGUGAUUGCGCCCGCGCCGCCGCCGCUGUUCGACCCGCGCAAGAACUUCCUCCGCGGCCAGUACUUCUGCAUGUUUGUCGUGCUCGAGUGGGCCUCGGUGCUGCGCGUCAUGGAGGCGCAUUCUCGCGGGCAAGGGGGAGGGGGAGGGGGGCUUUCCGUUGUCGGUGGCGACGAAGAAGGAACAAGCCCCGCGAGGAGGAGCAGCGACAAGCUCGCGGUCGCCAGGGCGGAGGCGAGGGAUUGUAUCGUCCACACGGUAGCAUAUCUCCGCUGCGCCGAGGAGCAGCUCGCGCGGUGGAAGAUGCCCGUGUAUAUCGUGACAUGGGCAUCGUUCGCCCUUCUAGCAAAACUCCUAAUAUGUUACCGCUCCCCGGCCCUGGCCUAUAUCCCCGAGACCACGCAGCCGGAGCACAUUGCCGACGCGCUCGCCAUGCUGCGGCCGUGGAAGCACGUGUCCUUUGUAGCGCGCGGCCUGGACCGGAUGACGGCGAUGUUUGAGCAGGUGCUGGCCAAAGAGGCCGCCGAGCGGGAACGUGAGGCGGCAGGAGGCGGCGGCGGCAGUUGUGGGUAAAAUUUAGUGGGUGGCGUGAGCGAAACGAGUGAUUGAAGGGUUCCGUGGUUCUAGUAAGCAGCGGAUCUUUUCACAGACAGAGGGUUCGCGAGACGGGCUUUGUUCGGGGAGGAGGACUGUUCGCGCGACUAACGACUUGCUGCGCGGGAUGGCUGGGAAUGGGCGGGCCUACUAAAAUGUGGAUGGCCAUCGGGUUGUUUUCCACCAGGAGGCUUUGUCCUAACGAGCGGUGCCAGACUUGCACUGUCCCAUGGCGCAGCUUUGUAAA